GUGGGCUAGGCAUGCCUUUCUCCCUCUCCCACUGCCCCCCAACUGCCCAGAAUUGCUCUGGCGGGCAGAAGUGGGGGUGGAGAAUUUGCCUAUAAAUACAGUGGCAGUGUUACCCCGCGCUUCCCCUUCUCUUUGUCUCCGGACGACCCCCCUGCUGUGGCUGGGAGGGUCUCCUAGAUGUCUCCCAUUCUGUCCUGGGGCCUCCUUCCCUGGACCCCUUGCAGUCUGUCUUUCUUGAGAGUAAUGUCUUGACAGCCUCCCUCCCUCCACUCUAUUCCAAGGUGUUGGUACUUGGAGAAGGAGCCUAGAGCCAGCCUUGCUGCAGCUGCUUGGUGGAAGGAUUUCCCCCAGGGGGGGGGUCCCUGGUAUGGGGUUGGAGCUGUAUGUAAGACACCCCAGGCCAGGAGCAUGGACCACUCCAAAACCAGCCCUUCCCAAGACAGUGGGUUUGGGGCAGCAGACCCUGAAGAACGUGGCUCCUGGUCGGAGGAACUGUGGUGUGUCUGGUGGGAGACCCAGGGUGACACUCCCCGGCCCCCCCACCCCCUACCCUGGCAUCAUGCAUCGAACCACACGGAUCAAAAUCACGGAGCUGAACCCUCACCUCAUGUGUGCCCUCUGCGGCGGGUAUUUCAUUGAUGCCACUACCAUCGUGGAGUGCCUGCAUUCCUUCUGCAAAACCUGCAUCGUGCGCUACCUGGAGACCAACAAGUACUGCCCCAUGUGCGACGUGCAGGUCCACAAGACCAGACCCCUGCUGAGCAUCAGAUCUGACAAAACCCUCCAAGACAUCGUGUACAAGUUGGUUCCUGGGCUUUUUAAAGAUGAGAUGAAAAGGCGCCGGGAUUUCUACGCAGCUUACCCCGUGACCGAGGAGCUCACUCCUUCUGCAGUCCCGAACGGCUCCAACGAGGACCGAGGGGAGGUCCUGGAGCAGGAGAAGGGGGCCCUGAGCGACGACGGGAUUGUCAGCCUCUCCAUCGAGUUCUACGAGGGUGUCAGGGACCGAGAGGAGAAGAGGGGUCCCCUGGAGAACGGGGAUGGGGACAAGGAGAAGACAGGAGUGCGCUUCCUGCGCUGCCCGGCAGCCAUGACAGUCAUGCAUCUCGCCAAGUUCCUCCGAAACAAGAUGGACGUGCCCGGCAAGUACAAGGUGGAGGUUCUCUACGAGGACGAGCCCCUGAAGGAGUACUACACCCUCAUGGACAUAGCUUACAUCUACCCUUGGAGGCGGGUGAGCCCAGCGGGGAGUGCCCUGUAG